CUAAGGUCAGAUGGACUUUUUACAGCAUAUACUGUUGAGGCUUAAGGUUAGUCCUUCAAGCUCAUUAUAUAAGAUUCUGAAUAAGUUGACAGUUGUACCAGUUCAAAAAGAGUAGUCAAAACCGUUCUUAUAGACAGGCGGCAGACCUUUUUCAAUUUUUGUAAAAUUUUACUGGUUCACUUGUUUUCUAAGUUGUAUUUGUUUAGUCAUGGACGGAGGGUUACUCUCCAUGUCGUCAUCAUCUGAGGAAGACUCUCCACUUCACAAUACCAGUCCUAUGCCAGAAGAACACGGGGCUAUAGUGGAAUCAAUGCCGGAGAAGGAGACAGAGGAGGUAGUCCCUGCUGGUGACAGGUCAUUGUCCGGUGAGGACCAGAGGUCACUAAUCACCGACAGUAUGUCAGUGACCUCAGCUGACCAGGAGAAGCUACUGCUACUCAACAGGAACACUGAGCUACGCAAAGUCAACAAAGAGCUGAUGAAGCUGAACGAGGACUGGGACCAGGUGUAUCGCAGCACCACUGUGAGUCUACAGCAGAAAGUGGAGGCACUGGAGGAGGAGAACAACACGUUUAAACAGCUCAAUAACAGACUACUGCUCAAAGUCGAUCAUGAACAGAGCAAGAGAGAGUACUAUGAACACACCCUGAUGCAGGAGCUAAAGAAGAACCAACACCUGCUUGAGUACAUCCGGGUGCUGGAGACCAGACUGCAUCACACAGAUAAAGACAGAGACUGGAGUCUGGGCCUGGAGACAAGUAUGGGCUCGGUGACCCAUUCUCCAGAAUCCAGACCCAUCUCUGACACCCCUGGAGGACCAACUCCCUCCCCAAGCAAACACCAUUGCACCCUAGCUGGCAUCUCCUUAUCUCCCUCUAGUCACAGCCACAGUGCCACUCUACACCAAUCCAAGACAUCUCUCCUCUCCUCAUAUACCCCAGACCGAGGGUACUGGAGCGGAGGCAGGAGCACCAACGACCCAUUCAGAGCUGCGGAGGAGCAGGCGAACCCACACAAAGAGGUGCAGGACCUCAAAGAGCAGCUGGAGGCCCUUAGAUGCCAGACAGAGAUCUACGAGUCGGAUUAUAUGACAGAGCAAAAGGACCACAAACACACACAGCAGGAAAACAAGAGGCUGAGGAAGAAGAAGGAGGAGAUGAGGCAACAGAUGGUCCUUCUACAGGAACAACUCAAGGUUUAUGAGGAUGACUUCAGGAAGGAGCGGUCAGACAAGCAGGUCCUGCAGCGUCUGCUGUUGAAGAAGAGCCCAGCACCAGUUAAACAGCCUGUCCUGGUUCACCGCUGUAAUAAUGACCAGCCACCUGUAGGGGGAGACAGGAGGAGGCGCAGAGACGAACAGAGGGAAGCGCAACCGCACCCCAACGUACAACAGGCAGACCAACCCCACCACCCGCUAUGCCCCAAACACUGCGAGAGGAGGAAGGCUGAUGAGUUCCUGUAAAGAAUGCACAUACUCACGUUCACUUAAUGCACGACCAUGCUAACAAACAUUUUAGGUGUGCGAUGAUUUUGUACUGCCACUAUGCUUAGCUUACUCAAGUGACUGAGUUUAGUUAUCUUUAAAUAAAUGAUGUGUGUUACCUUU